AUGUCAGGCAAAGGACUGGGUGUUACUCAUGCAAUACGAGAAAAGUUGAACUUUCUAGAUGAGAGGAGAUGGAAGAAGUUUUCAGCCCGGAGGUUGGAAUUAAUCGAUACUUUAGACCUUUCAUCUAAGAAAGCCUCAGAACAAGAACUGGCGAUUCAUAAUGUAGCAGAAGCUCUAAGAAUCGAAUUUAACUAUUCGUCAGACUAUUUUGAAGAAUUCGAUAAGCUAGUACGUGCAGCUAUACAGAGUGUUAGGCGAAAUAGAAAGCGUUCAACAGUGUCAAAAAGACCAAAUACUUUUAGAGUUAAAAUACCAAAAGUUGUAGACGAAAGUAUAGAUCUUGAGGAUACAAAAUUGCCUGUCAAGCGGGAGGACACAAAUUUUCUUUCAGAUAUCACACGAUUAGAAUCUGAUUCUGAAGAACCAACUGAGUAUUCCAAAUCAAAACAUGUAUCAGAUCAAGAUAAAACGAAACUCGCCAUAAAUGCUAUAAUCCAACCACGAUUCCCCUCGUCUGAUCUGACUUCAUUACCACAAAUACCCGCUUAUUCUGGUGCCCAAAUACUAGAGGAAAUGAAGUCUUCCCAACAGGUGAUAUUGAAUUAUAUACAGAAAUCUAAGACAUGUUCCGAAUCUGCCACUACAUCAUUAUCUCCAAACUUGGAACAUAUAGGAAAGGGAGUUAUAACUGCAUGUGUGGGUUAUGUUUUUGAAACAUCCUUCGUAUCAAUCAAUACCAAAUCUGUGGAAUAUUUACGUGAAAAACUAACACAAGAAUCCUAUCUAGCCAAUAUCUAUCGUGACCUAGAUCAGGAGAUAGCUUCCAAACAUCAGUUCAAUGACGACGUGGUGGUAAGUACAUUGUAUGCUAUUUUAGGGGCGUGUAUCAAGGAUUUUGGUUUCGAAUUGAUAAUGAUGAAUUUAUGUGAAUUAUUCUAUUUAACUAUUGUUAAACAAUACCCUUUGGUAACUCAACAUUCCAUACCAUUCAAAGCUUCGGAACAUUUGAAAUCUGAACAUGUCAAAGCAGAGAAUGUUAAGUCAGAACCUGCUGAACUUAAGGAAACUGAUAGUUCAGAAUCUUUUAUGCAAUUGAAUUCGUUGGCAGCUAUAGCUUCGGAUAUUAGAGAACAUACAAUGUCAAAUAGCCUGUCUACACGCUCUAUAUCACCCAAUGCUGCUAGAACCAUCGUCCAUCAAGACCAAAAUGAUAAAAAAGCCGUUACUAUUAAAUUCCUUUCAUCAGUAUUGAACUUCACCUUUCCUUCGAAUACUUCUGCCAUACCAAAACUUGAUGAGUUAUUAGAGAAUGUCAGAUCUGCUUUUAAUCUUUCCAAAUAUAGUGACUCCCAGGUAUUGGGGUUGAGGAAUUUGAAAUAUGGUUUUAUCAUUAAAUCUGAUUCCGAUCUAGAGAAAGUUUUCUUGACAGAGGAUUCCAUUGAACUUGAGGUUUUCACCCAAAGAUCACACGCUGUACCUACGUAUGAGAUUACGUCGAUGGUAGUACCGAAUCAACAUCCAAAUCUACCAGGUAAAAUCUAUAGAGAAGAUGAAAGAAUUAUCUUACCACCACCCAUUUCAAGUAAUUCAAGAGCAGGUUCUGCACCGAUUCAUCCAGCUCCAGCUUCCAGUUUUAAAUUUCUUUCUAACUUAGAAGAAUCUUCAACUUCGGGUCCUCCAGUACCAGUGUUACCCAAGUUCCAACCAUUAUUGUAA